AUGGCCUCAAAACCCGAGAAGAGGGUUGCCUCAUCUGUCUUUAUCACCCUGACACCCCCCCGCCGAGAUGUGGCAGUAGCCGAGGAAGUGAGGCGCGUGUCCAGUGAGGCCCGACCUGGCUACCCCAGGGAAUCCCCUGCCCCUGUGAAAGCACCUGGAGCUGGUUUGGUGGGGAGGCCCAGCCCCUGGACAGCCGUUGGCAGGACUGCGUCGGUGGUGCCAGCUGUACCACCUCAGCUGUCCAAUGGAGGGUGUUCUUCUACCCCGGAUAAUGAGAACUCACUGACUGACCUGGACCUCCUCCCACCUCCUCCUCCACCUCCGCCGGUAUACCUGCCUCCUCCGGAUGAGGAACCCCUUGGCCCAAUGGAGCUAUCACUCACUGCGAACUUAGAGCAGCUGCACCUGCCCCCGCCCCCACCCCCACCACAGACUCUGGCUGAGGAGCUUCCAUUUCAGCCCCACCCUGGUCACCUCAGACCCCUGGAAGAGGAGCUGCCACCUCCUCCAGAAGAGUCCACUGGAGUCCCUGAGAGAGAAACAUCCACAGAUGUCUGCGCCUUCUGCCACAAGACUGUGUCCCCCCGAGAGUUGGCUGUGGAGGCCAUGAAGAAACAGUACCAUGCCCAGUGUUUCACGUGCCGUACCUGCCGCCGCCUGCUGGCUGGGCAGAGCUUCUACCAGAAGGAUGGGCGACCCCUCUGUGAGCCCUGCUACCAGAACACCCUGGAGAAGUGUGGCAAGUGUGCAGAGGUGGUCCGGGAGCACAUCAUCAGGGCUCUGGGUCAGGCCUUCCACCCCAGCUGCUUCACGUGUGUGACCUGUGCCCGGUGCAUUGGGGAUGAAAACUUUGCCUUGGACAGCCACAACGAGGUGUACUGCCUGGAUGACUUCUACAGGAAAUAUGCCCCUGUCUGCAGCAUCUGUGAGAAUCCCAUCAUCCCCCGAGACGAUGGGAAGGAUGCCUUCAAAAUCGAGUGCAUGGGAAGAAACUUCCACGAAAACUGCUACAGGUGUGAGGACUGCAGGAUCCUUCUGUCUGUGGAGCCCACCGACCAAGGUUGCUACCCCCUGAAUGACCGCCUCUUCUGCAAACCAUGCCAUGUGAAGCGGAGUGCUGCAGGAUGCUGCUGA